GUGUUAAGAUUCUGAAACAAGAGCAAGGGGUUGACGUAGCUGUCAAUCCAGGAUUAGAUAAAAUUCAGGAGACUCUUCGUUUUCCGUUAGUCCAGCUCCAGCCUCGGUCUCUCGUUGGCAAAGGCACAAAUGAAAUGAGAAUAUGGCAGUCCUUCUCUCCACUGCAGGCCAACAACCUUCUUCAACUCUGUUGCGAUUCCGGAUCACUCGCCCAAUGCAAGCAAGUGCAUCAGCGGAUCGUCCAGCACGGCCUCCACGUCGAUCCAUUUGUCGCCACCAAGUUGACGCAGUCAUAUGCGGAUUUGGACGAUUUCGCAUCGGCCAAGAAGCUCUUCCGCAAGUUGUUGCGACCCAAUGUGUUUGCUUGGACUGCCAUUCUGGCUUACUGUUCGAGGAAUGGGAUGUUCGGAGAUUGUUUGGGCACUUACUGCGAAAUGAAACUCAAGGGUGUUGUGCCUGACGGCUAUGUGUUUCCAAAGAUCUUGAGGGCUUGCGCUCAAUUGGGAUGCUCGGAGGUGGGUGCAUUCGUGCACAAAGAUGUGAUUGUGUGCGCAUGUGAAUCGAAUGUGCAGGUUUGCAAUUCCUUGAUCGACAUGUACGGCAAAUGUGGGGAUGUCGAGUGCGCGAGGCAGGUGUUCGAUCAAAUGUGUGGCAGGGAUUUGCUGUCGUGGAAUUCCAUGAUUUCGGGGUAUAUUUGGAAUGGGUUGCAUAGUUCGGCCGUUGAGUUGCUUCCAGUCAUGAGAUUGGAUGGUCUAGGCCCUGAUAUUGUGACUUGGAAUUUGGUGAUGGAUGCUUAUUGCCAGAUGGGGCUUUUUGAUGAGGCUAGGAAUGUAUUGAGACAAAUCAAAGAGCCUAACAUCAUUUCAUGGACCACUUUGAUUUCGGGUUAUACAAAGAUUGGUAAGCAUAAGACCUCCCUGGAGGUUUUUCUGGAUAUGGUAAACACGGGCAAGGUUUACCCUGACGUCAGGACUCUGUCAAGUGCUCUAACAUCGUGCCGUCAUAUCGGGGCUCUUGUAAUUGGUAAGGAAAUUCACGCCCAUGGGAUCAAAACAGAAUCGAGGAGUUUAUUUUACAACUCAGCCGGCGCUGCCCUGUUGACAAUGUAUGCAAAAUGCGGGAAAAUCCAAGAGGCAAGGAGCGUAUUUAAACAGAUGGACAAAUCCGAUUUCGUCACUUGGAAUGCAAUGAUUCUCGGUUUUGUUGACCUGGGAUAUGGAAACUCAGCAAUUGAUUGUUUCAUCGAGAUGCUAAACCUGGGAAUCGCAUUCGAUCAAAUAACUCUAUCUACUCUUCUGCCAGUGUGUGACUUAACCAUGGGAAAGCAGAUUCAUGCCUACAUCCAGAAAAACAGGUCUCUCUCUGGUGUAAUUGUGUGGAAUGCACUUAUACACAUGUACUCCAAACGGGGAUGCAUCCAAUCCGCUACUUCUAUCUUUUCGAACAUGGGGACCAAAGACCUUAUUUCUUGGAACUCACUUAUUGGAGGUUUUGGUAUGCACGGGCAUGGUGAAGCUGCUCUCCAGCUGUUGCAAGAGAUGAAAGUUUCUGGCUUUCUGCCCAAUUCUGUGACGUUUACUUCUGCACUGUCUGCUUGCAGUCACUCGGGCCUUGUAAAUGAGGGGCUUCGACUUUUCAACAGCAUGCCGAGCUUCGGCCUCACUCCCACAUUGGAGCAUUUUGCUUGUGUUGUUGAUAUGCUAGCACGUGCUGGGCAGCUUGAGGACGCUGUGGAGCUUAUUAGGAAAAUGCCUUCUCUUCCUGACAAGCGUACUUGGGGGGCUUUACUUGCGGCUUGUCAAGCUUAUCACAAUGUUGAUGUUGCUUGCCUGGCCGCAGAAGCAUUGAUCCGCUUGGAACCUGACCAUGCUGGACAUUAUGUUACGUUGGCAAAUAUAUAUGCGAAAGCAGGCAGAUGGCAUGAUGCUGUAAGAGUGAGGAAGGUGAUGGAAGGACAAAAAUUGGUCAAGCCAUUUGGAUAUAGUUGGGUUGAAGGUGAAGAUCAACGAGAUGAUGGGCGGAGUGACAGACGAAGUGACUUGUCUUGUGCAUUAUAAUUUUCUUCCCUGUGAGGUGGUUGGUGUGUGUCCUCUGGGAUCUAAAUCAGCAUGUACUCUGCCACUUUUUUGGAGAAGGUUGGACAACAGACAUGUUUUGCAAUCGCACUGUCGAUCGGAUACGUGUUGGAGCGACAAUGGUUGAAACAAUUUAUUUUUCCAGAAGGGAAAGCCAUAAAUGGCCUAGAGGGAUUUCAUUGGAUACCAUGUUAAGAGAAGGGACAUAUGUUGGACUUGCAAUCGGACGGUACUCUGGAAAGAGGCGACCUGUCUUGUAACGGAUGCCACAAGCAUUGCAGAGAGUUUUGGGCCCAUUGGGCCCCACCCUCCACAUUGGGGACCCGGUUGCUGCGCAAUGCACACAUCUUCUUGGUUGAUCCGGCUGCUGCAGAGACUGAUCCUCCUCCUUUCUUCUCCUUUUGGCAGGGUCCCAUGGCUUUUCAUGGAGAGGAGAUUCUGCUCAUGAUUUAAGAGCGAGUGUUUAGAGUUGAAAGCAGCAGAGGAUUGAAGUUGGUGAAGGGAUAGUGACUCUAAGAUUACAACUAGACCCUAUUGUUUACCACGAGGGCGUUUCUCUGGGUAAGAGAGGCUGGAGGUGUUGGCUGCCAAGAUUUCAGGUGUGUUAAAGCUUCUGUUGAUCUCCAGGACUGAGACCGGACUUGGAGACUUGAUUAGCGUGGCUUGUUGACCACCUGGAGUAUUAUCCUCAACUUGGCUUGGCAGAACUUGUGGUAUACGUCUUUGCUUGACCUGGACACGAAAUCAGAUUUCAAGAAAAGAAGGGCGAGAGCCUCCACUGGGGUUCGAUGAUUAAUCGAAUGAGCAUAGGGAUCUCAUGAUGAACAACAGAGAAUGAUGACGUGACAAUCACACUUCCAGGCAGUCCUUGGAGUGUCCAAGGAGGGUAGGAUAUUUACCCUAUGUGAAAAGCCAUACAGCAAGUUCAUCCAUUUAGUGAUCUUUUUCCCCAACAAUUAACAUUUCUAUCCUAGAAGCAACUCCAGUGACAGGCAGCUAAAGUGGUCGUGAAACUAUUGCUUCCGUGGCAAUUAAAUCCUUUGCAACGAUGCAGACUGUGUCUAUUGAAACAAAUACAGCUUGUUGCAUGUAUUGUUAUUUUCUUUUUCAAUUGACUGUUGAUUAUGUCAUGUUCACUUUGGCACUGCA